UCCUGUCUGCAGUCCUGACACAGCCGAGCGGAGCAGCAGCAUCGAGUCACUGGGAGAACUCUGAGGAGCCCGAGCAAGCCGGCAUCACACACACCUGAAGGCCGCAAAGCACCACAGGGAUUACAAACCUGGAGGAUUAGUCUGACAGCGCGGACGAAAAACUAAAGACCCUACAGCGCUUUUCGCCAAACUUCAUCGCACAGAUCUGCCUUUGCAAGUGCACUUAGACUCUACAGAGCCGUCAGAUAGAGUCAGACUGCCCUUGAUUUAAUAAGAAAUCAUCAUUUACCACUCUUAUUCAGCCUGCAGACGUCAGCAGAGCAGGAGCUCUCCGGUGAUGGACAUUAGUUUGAUGGAGAAUGUGUCCGCGGGACACGCGUGAGAAUCUCUGACAGCACCUCUGACCUUUUGUGGAUUUCAGUGAAAUCUUUGGACUUGGCUGUUUGAUUUCUAACGAGAUCUGCUCUCUAUAUUACCUGGAAGGUUAUUUGUCACCAUCAUCCAACAUGCGACUCAUCCCACCCCGACGCAGCUAUCUGUUGCUACACUUGCUUGCAUUUUGCUAUUAUGCUCAGGUAACCAAUCAGUCCCCGCCUAAUUUCACGCAGCAUGUAAGCGAGCAGAGCAAAGUGACGGACCGCGUCAGCCGCAGGUUGAUCCGGAUCUACCAGCUGUACAGUCGGACCAGCGGCAAGCACGUGCAGGUCCUGCCCAACAAGAAGAUCAACGCCAUGGCCGACGAUGGAGAUGUGCACGCCAAACUGGUCGUGGAAACGGACACAUUCGGGAGUCGAGUACGCAUCAAGGGAGCUGAGACGGGCUUCUACAUCUGCAUGAACAAGAGGGGGAAGCUCAUCGGCAAGAAAAACGGACAAGGCCGCGACUGCAUCUUCACGGAGAUCGUCCUGGAGAACAACUACACGGCCCUGAGGAACGCUCGCUACGAGAACUGGUACAUGGCCUUUACACGCCGAGGCCGACCACGGAAAGGCUCGCGGACACGCCAGCACCAGCGCGAGGUCCAUUUCAUGAAGAGGCUGCCCAAGGGACAGCAGCCCGCCCACUCAAGUCACCAUCACCCUUUCGACUUCAUCCACUACCCCUUCAGUCAAAGGACUAAACGUACGAAAUACUCGUCAGAGCGCUGAGAAGGAAGAAAAGAAAGAGAGGGGAAGAGGAUAAACUGACAGACUGACUGAAGUACCAGCAGCUGAAAACUCCUCUGCCCUCCAAAAGACCUCUACAGACAUUUUUAUACUGAGCGUUAUUAUAUCUUAAUGUGUAGUUUGUUCUAUUUUCUCAAAAAAACAAGGCUGUACAUAGACGAAGAAAACAUGAGAAAUCUAUUUUUGUACUCCAGACUUAGUACUGACCUGCGUGAAAAAAAAAGAUAGAGGACAUUUUGUUCAUAGAUGCACAUAACUUGUCUGACUUCUCAAGGACAUCUCGGUAGAGUGCUAUGUGUUUAGUUUUUUAUUUUAUUUUGACCAGUGGAGUCAUUUUUUGACUCUCGCCUGCUGCUCAAGGAGACUUGAAGGGCCCUGAUUGACCGCACUGCCAGGGAACGCUGCGACUAGGGACACAAACUGUCACACACUGUGUUGGAGAGCACCGGGUGUCAGUAAACGUUGCAUAUGGUGGUAACACUGCAGUGUGAAAGCUUCUGCUGGAUGCUGCAUCCUGACUGGUAUCACUCUGUUUCUUUCUCUCACGGCUGAAGCAAACAGAGCUUUAGUAGCAUCUGAUGGAUCCAUGUGGCAGCUACAUUUGAUAAUCACAGGUUUCCUGUAAUCUGACUGUAAUGUUUCUGUGUACAAAAUGCAUUGAAGUGUAAGGAAGCCCCUGACACAAACUACCCCUCACCCUUUUGUGUUCUUGUUGCCCCCUGAAUGUCUGUUUUUAUAAAUAUAUAUAAAUAUAUAUAUAACUAUAUUUUUAUUUGAGGAUGUGUAUAAUAAUUUUAA